AUGUUCAGCAAAUCGUUGGUCUCCUUUGUUCUCCUUGCCGUUCUUUCCAGUGGCGUAGAUGCACGCAUGCGCACCAUUGAGCGAGAUGGGCGUGCCCUUUACGGACGCCGUUUCGGCCAAGAGCAAAACCCGGCUAUUUCCGAGCUCAGCUCUGCUUGUCAGGGUAAUGUAUGUGGUGUCCUUGCCGGAAAGGCUGUAGGCACAUUGCUUGCAGCUUCUCCCGAAUGUGCCCAACAAGACCUGGCAGACGACAUUAUCGAUGCUGCGCGCACCCAGGAUGCCGCCACUCAAACGAAGAUGAUUGAUAUCGCCAAAAGGUUCCGUCAGGCCGAAAAGAACACGCCCCCUGACUUUACGACCAACCCGCCUACGAAUCGUAACUCGGUUUUCUGCCAGACUCCACCGCGUAAUGCCGAGUUGGCUGGACUUAACCAGGCUCAGGACCCUGCCAAUAACCCAAAUGAUUUCUUCGACCCUGCAUGCAAAUGUACUGUCAAGAAGGGCUCCCAAGCAAACACCGCGCCCCUAGCCGGCGGAGGAGCAUCUGGAGGCAAUACGGGGAGCAACAAUACCGGCGGCAAUGGCGGAGAUGCUACUCCAACUUCAGCAGUCGAAACCGGUGUGGCGACUGAAACGGAAGCGGCGGCUAUCACUGAGAUAGCCUCGGAGACUGCAACGGCCACCACUACUGACACCGCAGCAACGGAAACGGCCACAGCACCCGCCAGCAACGAUCCGACAAACACUUGCCCGGCUGUGCCUACUGUUACCGUUACUGUCGACGCAUCGGCUCCUUCUGCUACCGCCACUGAAGUUGCUACUAGCACCGCUGCCGCGGACCCCGCUGCGACUACGACGGACGCGUCGCCACCUGCUGCCACAGCUGCACCAGCCGCACCAGCCGCACCAGCCGCACCAGCCGCACCAGCGAACGGUAAUAUCGAUCUUGGAUCUUGCUCCGAUCCUACCAUCAAGUUCGGUGCUGGUAUUGAAGGUCGCAAGGAGACUAGCUUUAUUCCCAAUAACCUUAAGGAGUUCAACCAUGGUAGCGCUCAGAAUUCGGCCAUCAUUACUCAGUUUAUCUGCGAUACCUUUGUAAACUCGUGCAAGGCUAACCAGGCGGCGAUUGAUACUUGCAAACAGGCCAAGGAUGCCGCCGCUGCUGCCGGAGCUAAGAAGGGAGCUGCUGCCGAUGCUUUCAAUCUGGCUUUUGGUGUACAAACCAACUUCGCAGCCAUUCAAGCUCUGGAUGACCAAGGUCGCUCGAUUGCAUAA